AUGUCAACACCAGGCCUUUUCAACAAGAUCCCGAGUUCGCGAUAUAUCAAUGUAACUUCCGUCCCUCAGCAACAUCUACAAGGACAGACGUAUCCCGUCGUUGUGGGAGGCACUCUCGGCGGAGGGAGCUCCGUCAAUCGUCUCUUCUUCUCGAGAGGAAGUCAGUCUGAUUAUGAUGCCUGGGAAAGCUUGGGUAAUAAGAACUGGUCGUGGCACGCUCUCGAACCUUACUUCUUGAAGAGCACCAACUUCACUCCCCCAUAUGAGAGGGCUAGGGAUAUCUGGAAUUUCACCUGGGACGAACGGGCUUGGGGCAAUGCCGGUCCGAUACAUGUCACUUUCCCGCCUUUUCAAUGGGAAACAUUCUCGAGCUUCAGAAAUGCCUUUGCUGAAGUGACAGGAAUCGUGAAUGGUGCUCCGAUUCCACAUCCCAUUGACGGUAAUACUGGUUCGGCGGUCGGAGCACUUUGGGUCCCGGCCAGUCAGGACGGCGAAGAGCAGACUCGUAGUUCUGUCGUGACUGGUUACUACGAGGUGGCUCGCCGUGCAUCUAAUUUCAAGCUGAUGCUCGACACCAAGGUGACAAGGGUCGUGUUUGAGGAUAAAGUAGCCGUCGGUGUGGAAGUCUCGGAUCGCCAGACAAAACGCAUGACAAUGAUCAACGCCAGGAAGGAGAUCACCCUCGCAGCGGGAGCGAUUAACACUCCGAAUAUCUUGCAAAGGUCAGGCGUUGGGUUGAAAAGUAUGCUGGAAGAGGCGAAGAUCACAGUAGUCCAUGAGCUACCCGGUGUGGGUAUGAACUUCCAGGACACGCCCACAAUGGUGUCCGUCUACGACCUGACCAGAGAAACCACGCUACAGAGACUCUGGACGGAUAUGGGAAAGAACGCAACGGCUCGCAUUCGCAAGCAGUUUGAGCACGAGUAUUCCGUCAGCCGUUCUGGGCCUUUGACCAUGGCUCAAGCUAGCUUUGCGGCUUUUCUGGCACUUCCACACGUCACAGCCCGAUGGAAUGCCACAGUGAUGAGCAUACAAGCGCAAGACCCGUUCGCAAAUUUGCCCUCGCUCUACGCCCCAAGCGUGAGAGAGGGAUAUCAGCACCAGCGCAAGAUCAUUCUUGACCAUCUGAAGAGCACCGUAAGCGCAGCUUUUGAAUUUCCGGUCAACGGUCGAACGGAUCCCUUCCAAGGACUUCUGCUGAAACCUCUGUCCCGGGGAACUGUGACGCUGAACACCUCAGAUCCCGAUUUGGGGCCAUUGGUGGACUACAGAGCGCUCGCCGAUCCAGGCGAUAGAAUGCUCAUCGCUCACAUGAUGGAUUUUACCAGGGCUCUGAUGAGUACUGCAACGCUGCAACAUGAGCUCCGCCCAGUAGCAGUACCAGAACCAUCAGAAGACAGCGAUUCGAUGAUCGACACCGCAAUCAGGGAGCGAACGCUCUCACCAUCCUGCUCUCAUCAGUGUGGGACCUGUGCAAUGCUCCCAUUGCAUUUGGGUGGCGUGGUCGACGAUCAGCUCAUGGUGUACGGCGUCAGCGGACUAAGCAUCGUCGAUUCGAGUAUCUUGCCUAUGCUUCCUGGUGCAAGGCUGGGGAGCACAGUGUUUGCGGUUGCCGAGAAAGCUGCGGACAUCAUUUUGCUGAGGCAUCGGACUGGGUAG